UCAUAUAUUCAAGUGUACUUCUAUGGGUGCUCGCUGUUUCACUGUAGUCUCGCGUUAUUUACUUCCGUUGACGCGUUUAUAUGGAUGCGUGGUUGCUACGGGCGACUGACAACAGACGGCAACAGCGGAACAGCUAAAAGCUGGAGUUGACACUAUCUUAGUGGAAAUAAGUAUUACUUUAACCCCCUCAGAAAGGCUGUCUUAAUCAGAAUAAGAUGUCUAGCACUAACACAGCUCUGCCUGACACAGGCUGGGAUGAGCACUUUGCUAUCCCCGAGCCCAACGCUGAAAACAAGGCUCUGCUGGAGGAGAUUCGCAGAAAAGAGAUGGAGCUGCUGGAGCUGGAGCACAUGCUUGAGAGAAAUAAAGAUCACAAGAAGAUAAUGACUGAAUACUUAAAGAAUGCCAAACAAGAGCUGGAUAACACUGAGGCUCUAUGCAAGGCAAAGGAAAGAGAGGAAGAGUUUGAGAAACACUUGACAGCUCUCUCAGAUAGAGAGAACGGUCGCCAGGCUCAGGAGGCUGCUGAGAUGGAGAAAGAGCUCAAGUCUUUAGCAGAGAGGAAAGACAUGAUAGAGAACCACAUCUUCAAGGGCAAACAGAAGCUGGAUGAGUUUAUGGAGCAGAUGAACUGGGACAAGCAGACCAUGGAUGCCUUUUUAGAGGAGUCGGCGCGUAAAGAUGAGGACACAAUGGCCAUCAUCAAGUAUGCUCAGCAGGACGAGCAGAAGAUCAAGUCACUCACUCUGGCUAUAGAGAAGAAGACACUGGAAGCCAAAGAAAAGCAAAGAGCACUGGUCAAAGAGUCAACUGAGACUUUAUCUGCUCAGAUCGCGUUGGAUAAGACUACAGAGAAUCUGCAGCAGGCACACCUGGAGGCCCAGCAACUCAUCCACCAGUGGGAAAACACUAUCAAGCAGAUGAUGCAACGGGAUGAAGACAUGCAGCAGUGUGCUCUGCAAGUUGCCCAGUUGAACCAGGCUAUGAGGGAAAGGAAUGCCACGGUAACAGAGAGGAAGAACUUGCUAGAUACUCAGAGGAGCAACAACAAGGAAACUGAGAGGAAGAUAACUCUCGCCAACCGACAGGGAGCAAAACUGAGACAGGAUCUGAAGGAGCAGGAGAGUAACUGCAGCAGGCUGCAGGAUGAGCUGAAUACCUGCAAAAACACACUGGACAGAACAACCUCUGACGUGGAGUCCCUGACAUCCCAGAUAUCCAGAAUGAAGAAAGACAUCCAGGAUAAAAAUGACAAACUCAGGCAGGCUAGGGCAUACAACGCUGCACUGGACGAGAAGCUGAAGGUGGUGACUCAGACAGCCCUUAGUGAGGAGGAGAGAGCUGCACAGAUGGAUCAGUUUCUUAAGGAUGAGGAACAGGCCAUCAAGGACUUGGAUGUCCAGCUGCGUGACUGCAGGGAGGAGCUGUUGCAUCAAAAGGAGCGUUUGCAGGCCGUUAAGACAAAGGAGAAGGAUUUUAUCUCGCAGGUUUCAAAGAGUAAAUCCACCAUUAACAGCCUGGAGAGUCAGCUCAGAAAACUGGAACAGGACCUGAUUAGACACCAGAUGACCAUAAGUGACCAGAAUUGCAAGAUGAUCUUCCUAAAAACAAAACUGGCAAAGCUGAAAGGUGACGUUAACCAAGAAGAAAAGAAAAUGCUCGACAGGAAGCUCGCUGAGCUGACCGAAGAACUCGAAGAGAAAAAGAAGAAAGCCAAAGUGCUUACCGACACUCUCAAGGAGGCUGAGGAUGAUAUUCGCAGUUUCAGGAAAGAGAUUGAGAAGUCUGAAGCUCAGAAGAGAGAUCUGAGCAGUAAGGUGGAGGAGCUCCUGCUAAUCCGUAACAUCAGUGAGAAGGAGCUGAAGACUCUCAGACUGAGGAAGCAGGAAAACAAAGUGGAGCACCAAAUGUUAAAGAUACAGGUCAAACGUGUGAGGGAUCUUCUGUACAGCAAGGCUGACAACGUGCUGUCGCUGGAGAAGAGACUGCUGCAGCUACAAACAACCAUGAAGGAGAGGGAGGAUGAGAUUAAGGUCUACAAAGAAAUGCUCAGCCAGCAGCUCAAGAUCAAUGAGCAGGAGAGGCAGAAACUCAGUGCUGAACUCAGUGAGAAACUAUCCAAGAUUGACACGAUGAAGAAAUGUUUCGAGAUUGUGAGCCUUUCCAUGGCACCUCCUGAGGAAGAAGAGGCAAAAUCGCAGGCUUACUACAUCACAAAGGCUGCACAAGAGAAAGAGGAGCUUAGGAGGAAAGGCGAUGAGCUGGAUGCUACAAUCCACAAAGUGGAGCUGGAAAACAAAGCUCUGGAAAACACCACCCAGCUGUUCAACAACAGUAACUCUGCAUUUCGCCAGUCUCUGAACAAAGUGAAUGAAUCCAGUCCAAUGUACCAGGAAAAAGUGAAACUGGAAGGGCAGCUGAACGUGGGUCAAGAGACGCUGAACUAUAAGAAAAGGCAGAUCCAAGAGCUUCAACAGGAUAUGCAGGACCUGAACAGUGUGUUGGAAAGUCUGCCACAAGAAGAGCGAAUGGAGAGAGAUAAGAUAGAGAACAAACAUGCCCUCGUCAGCAAAAUGAACGAAGAAGUUACUUCCCAGCAGGAGAAAAUUGACAGAGCCUCAAAGCAGUUCUCUAAGCUGACCAAAGAAGUCCGCUCAGCAAAGGGCACCAAAGGCGAGACUUUCGAAGAGAAAGACAUUAAGCUGAGGGAGUUGAAGGAAUUCAUCAAGAAUGUGGACAGGAUGCUGAAUGAGGUCUGGGAGGGCAAUCCUGACCUCAGAUCAGUGAUGGAGAAGUAUUUCCUGCAGGCCAGUCUGUCUCUUCCCUCUCCUUCUCCCACUCCUGCCAGCCAGCGGAGCUCCAAGACAAGUUCCCCCCGCUGCUCCACCUCUUUCAGGUCUCUGGCAUCCUCAGCCAGCGCCAGCCCCCGGACCGCUGCGCCUCACUCCCCGACACUGAAGACGGUGGAACUGAGCCUGGAUCUGACUGCGACCUCCCCUCCUCUCACCACCUCCAGAUGUUCCAGCUCUGCGAGCAGCUCAAGCAGCAGCAGAAAGUCAAAGAAGCUUUAGUGUCUUUCUCCUCUGAUUGCUGCUUUACCAUUGAGAACUACUCAGUUUCAGGAUCAUUUGUUUUUUGUGUCUUUUUUGGUGUGUCGCACUCAUUUCAGAGUAAAUCUUGGAUCUGUUAGAUUUUCAGACUCUGUGAAUCUAGUGUAAUCUGAUUUUUUUCUUUGGAUUCUCCUUUUCUUUGCUUGUUUUGUCUUACAAGUACAUACAUACGCAAAGAGUUCUCAAUAAAAUGUUAUUGACAAGCCACUCUCCGAGUAUUUGUAUGACUGCGGUACCUUGAAAGCUUUCCUAAACUACCUACUUCACUACAUAUACACAGUGUGAAAGGUAUUCAGCUAUUUCUCUUACCCAGCUUUAGCAGCAGCUGAAAUGUUUUCUGUGCUUUCUUUGUGUGUUACAAUCUGUUUGACUUUUUGGUAGCUGUUUCUUUUUUUCCUGAGAAUAUUUUAAAGAGUAGGAGUGCCUCACUGUCUGAAAACUGUGCUACUUCCUCAUGUUUCAUGACAUGGUUUGUUCUGACCCCAUUGUUCCUGCUCAUCCAAUUCUUCAAGGAAGUUUUGCAACCAGGCCACUCCCUCUCUGUAACACUAUUAGUCUCUCUUACAGACUAAAAGCAGACAGACAGACUACGGGAACAAUACUGCACCUUAACAGAUUUCGCUCUUUUCUUUGGAAUAAAGCUUCAACAUGCUGCUGCUGAUCCUGUUUGCUGGAUGUUUGGCCACAUCUGUAGCACAGAACAUAACUGUAAUAGGAACGCCUGCACAGACCACAGCAUUUCCCAUUGCUUUUGAUAGAGCAAUGUCUACAGUUUAUACGCCAGAAUACGUGGCAAUCCUUCAGGCUUAUGUCCAGUACGCUGGCCCAUUUGAUCUAAAUGAGAUGACAGCUCAGCCGAUCUUGAACGAGCUUGGCCAGCGCAUCAGACAGGAGCUACCAGAUUCCAGUAUAAGUCUGAAAAUUAGAAACAUCACCAAAGUCUGACACCUCACAAGCUUGUCUUUACUCGUUUGAUUUGUGUUGAUCAUAGCUCGACUCGGUUAUCUGAGUGGGAUAUGUAAAGUUCACUUCAGCAGAUAUUUAUAGUCAUUUUCAGGUGAUGGUUUUAUAUUAGUCUUUAACAGAGGAAUUGAACUGAUGUGUUUCUAAUACUUGAAUAAGGCAACGUCUUCAACAUGAAAGAUAAACAUUGAAUAUCGAAACAAAAAUGACCAAACAAUCCAAUUCUUUUGUAUGUCAGAAACUGGCCACUCCCUCUGUGCAAUGAAUUGCUUGUAAAGAAUGAAAGUAGCUAUAAGCUCUUGUGUGUGACAAAUGUCCAAAAACCUGAAGAUGGGGCGAUUCAGCUGUUUUAAAGAUGAAUCAAAGUGCUUGAAAUUGAAAUCUGUAGCUUUGUGAUCAAACUGAGUUACUAAGUAUCCAAAACAGAGGAAACAGGAUUUCGUCGUAACCAGAUAACCCUGAGUUUUCUGUACUACAGUGAUGGUUUACAGUAUAUUGCAGUAUAACUUAAUUACAAUUUCAUCUCUACACUCAAACCCUUAAAAGCACAAACAAAAGCAGCUGAGAGAUUAAAAAGUAAAGCUGUUGGGAGAGGAUGUUCAGAGUUUUGGUUUAAAAUUUUCUGGAAGCGCUGAUUCUUCUUUUUACAACAUGCUUUGAGCACAACACAGAUUCUCUGCCGGGAGUAAAUGGUUCAUAUUUGCAAGCUGGUAAGCUGUGAUUUUCUAAAACCACUGAAUGAAGCACAAGCUGUGCGUCACAAUGUCACAGAAAUAUGCAUGUAUUCAUUUAAUGAUGCAGAAAAUAUGAAUACCUCAUUCUAAUCUGCUGUAAAGUCUCCUUUACACCGAUGGAAAUGUACAUGAAGUAUACAUGAAGCUUUUUCCAGCUCUCUUUUAAUGGGCUGUGGGACAGUAAGCUUUAAUGUUUACAUAGAUCCAGUUUAAUGUGCAGCCCCAGAAGCAGGGGAUGUACUAAAAUUUGGAUGUUUUUAAUUACGACAUGCUGACACCAACCUGCUUUUAUAACAACAUGCUGAUGUCUUACCUUUGAGAAUAAAAACUGAAGUGGAGAGAAUAAACGGUUCUCUCCAUGCCAGUUCGUAUACUAUAUUAUACUCAAUAUGGUUUCUUUUUUAAGGCAACUUUAAUGUCGGGUGGUAACAGGUACGCAUGUCCUCUAAGGCAAAGUAUAUUUCUGUGAAGUUUGAAGUCAAUCCAUAAAAACUGAGGGUAAUAUAACGUAUCUACUGUGUUUUUACAUUUGGUGUGACCUUUGACUUUGAUCUUGACCCAAUUUUCACCCAAAUGAAAUCAGCUUCAGCUGUUAUCUGCCAUCACGCUGAAUGAUGUGCUGCUGCAGUCAUCUGUUAAAAUGGUUAGAUUUGUGUCAGUCUGCCCCAGGGCAGCUGUGGCUACAACCGUAGCUGCCUCCACCAGUGUGUGAAUGCGAGAGUGAAUGAAUAGUGGCAUUGUAAAGCGCUUUGGGUGCCUUGAAAAGCGCUAUAUCAAUCCAAUCCAUUAUUAUUAUUUUUAUUAUUAUUAUUAUUAACUGUGAUAACUAGCUUUAUGUGACACUUUAUCCUGAUGCUCAGUGUAGGGUAAGUAAAUCCAACGAUACUGUUGUUAUGCUGAAGUUGCUUUGUAGUAGAGACCUCUGUUUCUACAAAAGAUAUGGAAACAAUUGUUGUAUAAAACUGGAACAACAUAAUGUAAUGAUGUGCAAAUCAUUUAAAUGUAAUAAUAAAUUAAAACAAGUUGUAAGAUGA